GAUCGUUAAGGACCUUCUUCCUUACGUAAGUUUUCGACAAGGAAGGGACGAAUUGGGUCAAGGAAGACAAGAAGGUCAGCCUUGACUUGCGGCUCUUUCAAGGCUACGGCGUCAAGCCUUUCCCCAUGAAAGCGUUUGACGUGCGCGGGGACGGCACCGAGCUUCGCAUGCUCACUGCGGAACAAUUCCUCAGUAGAACGAACGGCUACCGUGUCACUGGCUGCCUUCCUGUCAUCGAAAGUUCCUCGGAGCUCAGCAAACCCUUGGUGAAAUUCAGCAGCCCGGCGGACCAACUAACAGAUGUCGUUAAGGAGUACAGGGAAGCCUUCUCGAGGCUGCCUCUGGACCAGCAAGCCGACUGCGCUUUCGUGCCCUUAGUCACGAGCUCGAGGAAAUCGCGACAGACGCCAUAUCCACCGGUUGGGAAGAGGAAACAUUUGGCUGUUUGUCCAGCUCCGCCUUUGCCAGCCGCGUCGCCCUCGCCCUUGCCCGUGCAUGGCCCUGGCGACAUCCCCGCCGGUUCUGUGGGAGCCGCUGUUGGUCGGCCCUUGUCGUCCCCUGAGAUAUGGCAUUCUCAAGGCGGGAGUCAGGGUGGGCAUGACUCGCAGGAACACGGAGGAUCAGAGUCGAGGAAAAGGACAAGAGAAACUUCUCCCUCUGCUUCCGCUCACAAGAGACAAGCGAGGACUGACGCUGUUAAUGAGGCUCGUGGAGCUCUGACAGCAUCCCUGGAGGCGAGACCUCCUCGGAAGAGCAGCCAGGGGGGAAGAUCUGGCGGUCGUGGCGGCGGUCGUGGUGGCGCAAGAAAAGGUAAGCAGAUAGUGAGGGCAGAAGAACUGCGGGACUCGGGGGAUGAGUGCGAGGGAGUGGGCCCUCGCAUGCACGACGGUGGUGACGAACCGCUUCAGUACGCUGCGCCCAUCGACACGACGCGUUGUUUCUUCCUCGAGUACGACGAGCGGUGUCUUGCUAAGCAAAAAUUCCUUCCUGUUCUUGUGGACGUCAUGAAAAUCAAACGCAUUCCCCGCGGGAAUAUUCUUCUUAACCACCGCUCUUUGUCUGCGAACAUUGUGCGAGGCAUCGAGAAUGCCAUCGAGAGUUCCAUCACCACGGAGCCAGGGGCGUGGGAUAGGCCUGAGCUCGUGCUUGCGCAGGUUGAUCGCAACGAAAUCGUCGGCGGGCAGGGAAGGCAGAUAACACAAACCGAAUUCUUCGAAAGAGACUCCUCGGAGUUCGAUUGGUACGCUGUCUGUGGUCAGCAUACGGUCGAGGCCAUGAAGACGUUGGUAAAAAAGGGCUCUCUGGCAGUCGAUGUCUAUGGCCUUCGUGCGUACUCUAAGGUGCAGGUCGUCUAUUUUGGAGAUCACCAGACGCGAGGGUAUUUCAAUGUCUCCGCCUUCGACAACACGUGCGAAAAUCGGGCCAUGAUGUUGUCGUUCGAGGAUGUUGUCCGCAAGGUCAGCGAUAAGGAUGAGGUCGCCGUUGCGCACCAAAAGAAGUGGCAAAAUUUCUUAAGGGUGUCCAUGGGGAAGGCAUGCGACAAGGCGUUCGUGAAGCAAGCGCUCGAUAAUGAGUACAGUAAGGAUUGGAGCAAUAAAAACCGUGGCUACAUGAACCUCGCUACAUCCACCGAUGCUGUGUGGCCACUGGUCGAGAAGUUCUUCGAGAUAUUCAACGAAGAGAAGCUGCCAGUUGGCGAUGGUAAAAUACCGCUUGACAUGCCGGGUAGGAUGGAGUGGCGCCAGCCAGGCCCGUACACCGACGAGACGAAGGGGCAAAUAACAUUAUACCAUUGCAUAUACGCGAGAGAUGGUUACAAAGGCUCCACCGUGUCGUGGAAGGAUCUUUGUCCUUCCUACUUCAAAAAUUUCGGGGAUUUGACGUGCCGCGAGAGGGAAGUUGCACUGCUCCUCCUCAUGAAACGGAAGGUGGUCGCGACGAACGUCAAGGUCAUGCCUCCGAGAGUGAAUACGGAGUGCCUCCUCGACAUCAUGCGCAAGGAACGCUACAUGGUCCGUAUGUUCAACUACGUUGUUUUCUGUGCCGAGGGAAGGGCCGACAAUGAAUGGAAUGAUGCAUUCUUCAUGUCAUACAAGGACCUCGAAGACAGGUAUAGGCCGAACGCUUUGUGUGCAGCUGAAUGGUAGAAGGAACGGGACAAGCUGCAUGUCAGCAAAGUGAAGACGGUCCCUCGACGACUUGGAGGGGUGGAGGAGGCAAGGCAAGGAUCAGGCUUGGACCCUACGGCGACAAUGUAUAAGGAGGCUCCGUUUCACUUUAAGGUGUUUGUAUACACCUCAAUCGAUAAGCUCGAUCUGCUUCGGGCGGAGGUCAAACGGGUCGCCUCCAGCGCACGUCAUAUCGUGUGAGAUAAACUUAAAAAGCAAAC